GAGCACGCUCGAAUAAAUGCUAGCUGAUCUAUGCCGCCAUGGCUGGCCGCAAUACCCACAGAAUUGAUCAUCCUUUCGAGGACUUGAGCGACAAGCAGGUGGACGGACGCGCAGACCGACUUGUUGAAGAAUAUGGGUUGCAGGUGUGGCGUACGACAUUCGUCAAAGCAGCGCGCGUCCUCCGAAAUCCCAGAACUUGGCGUGCAGUCGAGCAGAUUGAUGCCAAUGGGGUUGCAGGACUCACGCCAGUCGAGCGAGCUGAUCUUCAACGUGAAGAGCAAGAGGCAAUUGAUCACGUCGACAGCAAAGCUCCGUGGACCCUUGAAUUCUGGAGGAAACAUCCCGCGCAUCUGAAAAAGCGCGCUGAUGAGCCACCCAGAAAGUCCGGUUUCUGGCACCAGCCGAAGGAACUGAGGACAACGAUCAUCAUCCUGUGCAUUGGAGCCAUCGUCCAGGGCUGGAAUCAAACUGGCAGCAAUGGCGCCAAUCUCACAUGGCCAGUCGAUUUGCUGAACCCGACACGUUCUUCUUGCGAAGCGCAAGGUGACCAAGCGUGGCUGUUUGCGAUUGUGAACGCAGCGCCGUGGUUCUCCGCCGCCAUCUUUGCCCUUCUCUUGUCUGAUCCCGCCAACGAACUUCUGUUCGGACGCAGAGCUGCAAUCAUCAUCUCCGCGGUUUUCAUUCUUGCCGCCUCUGUCGGUGGCGCACUGGUGAAGACAUGGCAGCAGUUUCUUGCCUGUCGGAUCAUUCUUGGUAUCGGCAUGGGCUGCAAAGCGUCUGUGGUCGCCGUUUUCGCAGCUGAGGUCGCGCCAGCUCGCAUUCGAGGAUCGCUGGUCAUGAACUGGCAGCUGUUCGACGCGUUCGGCAUCUUUCUCGGAUUUAGUGCGAACUUGAUGGUCGCGCCGUUGGGGACCACGUCGUGGCGCUGGAUGACAGCGUCCUCCGCUUUCCCGACCAUCAUCCUUCUUGCACUGGCUGUCAUUGCCUGCCCAGAAUCGCCUCGUUUCCUGAUGGGAAAGGGAAAAGACUACUAUCCCGAAGCCUACGAGACGCUCAGUCGACUGCGCGGCUCACGCGUCCUGGCGGCGAAAGAAUUACUCUACACGCACUAUCAGCAGAACGUUGAAUUGAUCAUCGCAAGGCAUGUCGACAGCAAUGACCAUGACAGGCCUGUGGACUCCGACGACGAAAGAGACGACGACGUUGGGCGAGUCGAUCACAUCGUCGCUCGAACGCAGAGUCCCAAUCUCUUCCAGAAGUUCGGACAGCUAUUCACGAUACCUCGCAUCCGCAAUGCUACACUGACGGCCGUUGUUGCCAUGGUAGCGCAACAGCUGUGCGGCGUGAAUGUUCUGAUCUUCUACUCAUCGACAAUAUUCGCGACAACGAGCGGAGUCCUGUGCGAGGACGUUGACUCUCGCGAUCUUGUGCGCCCACUGAUGAUGAGUUGGGGCAUAGGCCUUGUCAACUUCCUCUUUGCCUUUCCAGCUUACUGGCUGAUCGACCAGAAAGGCAGACGCUGGCUACUUACCACAACCUUGCCGUUUCUGCUCGGCUUUAUGGGCGCUGCGGCACUGAGCUACAUUGGAGGUUCGCAUGAUGAAGCUUUGGCAGUCUUCUCGUAUAUCUUCAUUGCGAUCUACAGCUGGGGCAUGGGACCUGUUCCUUUUACAAUCAGCGCAGAAGUCUUUCCGCUAGACCAUCGCGUCGCUGGGAUGUCGUUCGCAGUCUUCACAAAUUUGCUCGGAGCUGGACUGCUAACACUCUUCGUGCCGGCGAUAACUGCGUCGUCCCUCAGCCAUGGCGGACUGCUUGGAAUCUUCACAUUCCUCAACCUGGUUGCGUUCGUGCUGGUUUUCUGCUUUGUGCGCGAGACUGUCGGAGCGGCUGAUCGCGACAAUCCUGGCAAUAUGACAGCCCUCGCUCUUGAAGAACUCUACAAGAUAUUCGAGGUGCCUGCCAAAGGGUUCUGGCAGUACCAGGUUCUCGAGGUGAUACCGCUUUGGCUGUCACGACUCCGCUGGUACCUUGGUGGCUGUCGAACUGCGGAGCCGAGAAGACCUGAGCCUUUGUAUCGAUGGUGGGAAGUGAAUGACCCCAGGGAGAUGCAGAACAUCGUUCAGCGCGAAGAGAUGAGCGAACGGGAACAACCCGACUGA